GUCAAUUUGUUUGUGUGCGAAAAUGGCGUCUAAGGAAUCGCUGGACCAUGGCCGUUCCGACUCAUACCGUGUCGCCACCGUCGUACCAGUUAAGGACGAUAAUAGAACUGCCGAUGGACAGUACAAGACACGCCGGAAACCCCCUGCGAAAAAGCGGAAACCAGGAGAUUUAGACGACCUAAAACAGGAAUUAGACAUCGAUUAUCAUAAAGUAACUCCCGAGGAACUCUACCAAAGAUUUCAAACACAUCCUGAAAAUGGCCUUAGUCAUGCAAAAGCGAAAGAAAAUCUUGAAAGAGACGGUCCAAACGCACUCACUCCCCCAAAACAGACACCCGAGUGGGUGAAGUUUUGUAAAAAUCUGUUCGGCGGUUUUGCGUUAUUACUGUGGAUUGGUGCUAUUCUGUGCUUUAUCGCAUAUGGAAUUCAGGCGAGUACCGUUGAAGAACCAGCGGAUGACAACUUGUACCUUGGUAUUGUACUAGCGGCUGUGGUUAUCGUUACGGGUAUUUUCUCUUACUACCAGGAAAGCAAAUCAUCUAAGAUCAUGGAAUCAUUCAAAAACAUGGUACCCCAAUUCGCUACUGUUAUCCGUGAAGGUGAAAAGCUGACUCUCCGCGCUGAGGACCUCGUGCUCGGGGAUAUCGUUGAAGUGAAAUUCGGUGACCGAAUCCCAGCUGAUAUCCGUAUCAUCGAGUCCCGCGGAUUCAAAGUAGACAACUCGAGUUUGACCGGCGAAUCGGAACCUCAGUCCCGUGGCCCCGAGUUCACCCAUGAGAAUCCCCUGGAAACCAAGAACUUGGCCUUCUUCUCAACUAACGCUGUUGAGGGCACCGCUAAAGGCAUUGUCAUCUGUUGCGGAGAUAACACGGUGAUGGGACGUAUCGCUGGCCUGGCUUCUGGUCUGGACACAGGAGAAACGCCUAUUGCAAAGGAAAUCCACCACUUCAUCCACUUGAUCACUGGCGUCGCCGUAUUCCUAGGAGUCACGUUCUUCCUUAUCGCCUUCAUCCUCGGCUACCACUGGCUGGAUGCCGUCAUCUUCCUCAUUGGUAUUAUUGUAGCCAACGUACCUGAAGGUCUACUCGCCACCGUGACCGUGUGCUUAACCCUUACGGCUAAAAGAAUGGCGUCGAAGAACUGCCUUGUCAAGAACUUGGAAGCUGUAGAAACCCUCGGAUCCACUUCUACCAUCUGCUCGGACAAGACCGGAACACUGACUCAGAACAGGAUGACUGUCGCCCAUAUGUGGUUCGAUAACCAGAUCAUCGAGGCUGAUACUACGGAAGAUCAGUCUGGAGUACAGUAUGACCGAACUAGCCCUGGCUUCAAGGCUCUCGCUAAGAUCGCCACUCUUUGCAACCGCGCUGAAUUCAAAGGCGGUCAGGAUGGUGUUCCAAUUCUUAAGAAGGAGGUCGCCGGUGACGCUUCUGAAGCUGCUCUACUCAAAUGUAUGGAACUUGCCCUCGGUGACGUCAUGUCGAUCAGGAAGCGUAACAAGAAAGUCUGCGAAAUUCCCUUCAACUCUACCAACAAAUACCAGGUUUCCAUCCACGAGAGUGACGACCCCAGCGAUCCCCGUCAUUUGUUAGUGAUGAAGGGCGCCCCUGAGAGGAUUUUAGAACGUUGCAGCACUAUCUUCAUUGGCGGCAAGGAAAAGGUUUUGGAUGAAGAAAUGAAGGAAGCAUUUAACAACGCGUACCUAGAAUUGGGCGGUCUUGGUGAACGUGUGCUCGGCUUCUGCGACUUGCAACUGCCCUCCGAUAAGUACCCAAUCGGCUACAAGUUCAACACUGACGACCCCAACUUCCCCUUGGACAACCUUCGAUUCGUUGGCCUCAUGAGCAUGAUCGAUCCACCCCGAGCUGCAGUACCCGACGCCGUGGCUAAGUGCCGUUCUGCUGGUAUCAAGGUUAUCAUGGUGACUGGUGACCAUCCCAUCACUGCCAAGGCUAUCGCUAAGUCCGUAGGCAUCAUUUCCGAAGGCAAUGAAACCGUUGAAGAUAUCGCCGCCCGCCUCAAUAUUCCCGUGUCCGAAGUGAACCCACGCGAAGCCAAAGCCGCCGUCGUCCACGGAACUGAACUCAGGGAUAUAAACUCUGAUCAACUUGACGAGAUUCUCAAGUUCCACACGGAGAUUGUGUUCGCCCGUACCUCCCCUCAACAGAAACUGAUCAUUGUGGAAGGAUGCCAGCGUCUCGGCGCCAUCGUGGCCGUGACUGGUGAUGGUGUUAACGAUUCGCCCGCUCUCAAGAAGGCCGAUAUUGGUGUUGCUAUGGGUAUCGCCGGUUCUGAUGUGUCCAAGCAAGCCGCUGACAUGAUCUUGCUUGACGACAACUUCGCUUCGAUCGUAACUGGCGUGGAAGAAGGCCGCCUGAUCUUCGACAACCUCAAGAAGUCCAUCGCCUACACUCUGACCUCCAAUAUUCCCGAGAUUUCGCCUUUCCUUGCUUUCAUCCUUUGCGACAUUCCCCUACCUCUCGGCACCGUUACAAUCCUUUGCAUCGAUCUUGGAACUGACAUGGUGCCCGCCAUUUCCCUGGCUUACGAGGAGGCCGAAUCUGACAUUAUGAAGCGACAGCCGCGUAAUCCUUUCACAGAUAAACUCGUUAACGAGAGGCUGAUAUCGAUGGCGUAUGGCCAAAUCGGUAUGAUCCAAGCCGCCGCCGGUUUCUUCGUGUACUUCGUGAUUAUGGCUGAGAACGGAUUCCUGCCAACGAAACUGUUCGGUAUCAGGAAACAGUGGGACUCGAAGGCCAUCAACGACUUGACCGACUCCUAUGGACAGGAAUGGACAUACCGUGACCGCAAAGCCCUUGAAUACACCUGCCACACUGCUUUCUUCGUGUCCAUCGUCGUGGUACAAUGGGCUGACUUGAUAAUCUGCAAGACGCGCCGCAACUCCAUCGUACACCAGGGAAUGCGUAACUGGGCUCUCAACUUUGGUCUCAUCUUUGAAACUGCGCUUGCUGCUUUCCUGUCUUACACUCCUGGCAUGGACAAGGGUCUGCGGAUGUAUCCCCUCAAGUUCGUCUGGUGGUUGCCCGCAAUUCCUUUCAUGCUGUCGAUCUUCAUCUACGACGAGAUCCGACGCUUCUACCUGCGCCGCAACCCGGGAGGCUGGCUCGAACAAGAGACUUACUACUAAGCCGCACCGACCACUGUCCACACCGUUAUCACUGCGUACAUGCGUUCAUUUGUGUUCUUACAACAGAGUGCCGGAGGUUGCGGUGCCACUACAUGUGUAAUCGCUGUCGCGUGCGCUUCUCACCGCUUGUUACCGCAUGCAACGGGCCGCCGUCACUCCGCGUGACGCGUGACGCGUGACAUGUACAACACUUAUUGUUUUACGAACUAUAUGUAUAUAUGCACAGUGGAGAGUUUGAUAUUUGUGAUGACAUAAAACAAAUAAACACGUAUAAUUUCAUAUUGUGGAUCAUGUUAUUUUUGUAUUGAGAUCGUUUUUAAUAUUUCAAUUGUGUAAUGAAUCUCGCGUUAUCGCCCUUGACGGUCGGCGCGGCGCGGCGAGCGGCCGACUCGAAACCAUUCACUUCGCCCUCAAUAUAAACUUAUAAGAUAGAAUUAAAUUAACUAAUGAAAUUGUUUUUCACAUACUUAUAUGAUAAGUAAUAAAAUAUCGUUUAGCCAGUAGAUCAUCGUUCGCCAUACGAGUGGGCAGGAGUUCGACGCCCGCCGCGCCCUGAGCUCGGCGGCCAACGAAAAGCAUUUGUUGUAAAAUUACAGUUAAGAAGCCAUUAUUAUUAUUUAAGUGGAAAUUAGAUUAAGUUGAAUUUUUCGAGUGGAUAAUGUUUAGUUGACGAUUCGGUCGGGUGCAUGACGUAUGAGAGGUCGAUGUGGAGUGCCUGAGUCUUAGUGUACUACCGCUUACUGUUAGGUAGGUAGUUGAAAUUUUGAUGCCGUAUUUUGAAUUGUAAACGUAGAUAAAAAUAAAGCAUUACACCGUCGCGAGCGCUUCGGGCCCCGCUCGAACUUCACAAGCACUGCCGUCGACUGUCGUCGCUCUACUCGCGUCAUCGCGCGACGCUUUUCCUUUUCUAAAAAUAAUCACAUUACUAGAUUUUGUCAAACUUAUAAAAUAGGCUGCUCAUGGUAACUACGUAAGAUUUUAUUUCUUAAUUAAAUGAUAAUAAAUAAAACGUAGGGAUGCGUAAUUAGAAAUUUUUAAAAUUAUACAGUUAUGAAUUAUAAUAGAGUCAUCUUGUUUUGCUCGCGCCUGGGCCCUUCCAGGAACGCGAGCGUCGAGGACGCGCGGGGCCGCAGCCCGCUGGAGGGGCCCGGCGGGACAGUCGAUUUCAAGUUUUCGUAACGAAUACAUAUAACAUUAUAAUAAUGGUUACAAAAUAAAGUUUAACAUUAUAGCGACUAAUAAAUCUAAAUUAUAUGAAAUGUUUAUAGAUUUAAAUGAUGUUUGUUUCUUUAGGGUGACCUCCUGUGCUUGUUUGAUGAUGUAACGUUGUCCAUCUCAUUGACAAUAGUCGUUGAUCAUGAUAUUAUUGUGACGAUGGGAUAUUUGUAAGCUGUUUGUUUGACGUACACUGUAGGACUAACAUUGUUUUGCGUUCAACAGUUCUUUACACCAAUUCAUUUUAUAGUAUUACUCUGUUGGCUAGGAGCGCUGUAAAAAUGUAAGUGUUAAUAAAAAAAACAUUUUC